UAGAACUUGAACACUACUCAACUGAGUAACCAACAACAUGCUUUGAAGUUUGAAGUAUAAAAUAUAAACCUCAAUUCAAAAACCCUAGCUAACAGACAGCCAUGGCUUCUUCUUCUCCUCCACCAUCCAAAUCCAAAUUCUCCGUUUAUCAAAACCCUAAUUUUUCCGCAGUUCUCACCUCCAACAGUCUUCAACCUUCCAAUUACACUCUCAUUUCAAUCCUUUCCUUCUUCUCCGCAUCUACAUUCGCCUUUCUCACCAUCAUCUUCAGGGAAAAUGGAUUCAUUGAUAUCUUCAAACUCAAUUUUGUUUCCCCUUUUACAGCUUAUUGGCUUGUUAAGACACUGCAAAUUUUGUUGGGUUUUGUCUUCAUUGGAACUAUGUUAGCAUUGUUCAAAGUUGUGUUUUCGCGUAAAACUAUGGUUGUGCCGAAUUCUAAUAAAGGUAAUAAGAAUCAAGUGAGUCUUACUAAACAUCAGUUAGAGCUUUUAGGAGUUAAGCCGAAGGUUGAUUUGGUACAGUCUGAGUCAUUGAAAAAGCCGCCAAAGUCUAAACCGCAGCCAGGUUCUUCUGAUUUGCUUGUUCCACUUCAUCCGACAAUUUCAAGCCCUAGUCGUCGUGGUGAUGUUGAUGGUUCAAAUUCUAAUAGGGGUGGUUCUGGUCGUCCAAUUGGCACACUCUCGAGGUCGCCCGGUUCAGCAACUUUUUACCUUUCUCCUGGAGUAGUUUCACCUGCACAGGGUGCCUCGGGUGUGGAUUCAGUAGUCUCAAGCCCUUGGUCUAGUAGGAGGGCAUCUUCUGCUAAUAAGAUAACAUCAAAGGAAGAGCUAGAACAGUUUUUAGCAGAAGUAGAUGAAAGAAUGACCGGAUCUGCAGGGAAGCUGUCUACUCCACCACCUUCAGUUCCUGGUUUUGGUAUAGCGAGCCCGAGCCCUAAUACAGUUACAGGAUCGGCUAGUAACUCUGUUGUUAAAAGACAUACACCAUUGAGGCCUGUGAGGAUGUCUCCGGGCUCCCAAAAGUUUAACACUCCCCCUAAGAAGGGUGAAAGUGGUGAGCUUCCUCCACCGAUGUCCAUGGAAGAAGCAGUUGAAGCUUUUGAUCAUUUGGGCGUAUAUCCUCAAAUUGAGCAGUGGCGUGAUGGACUCAGACAAUGGUUCUCUUCAGUUUUGCUAAAUCCUUUGCUUCACAAGAUUGAGACAAGUCAUGUUCAGGUUAUGAAUGCAGCUGCCAAACUCGGUAUUUCAAUUACAGUCAAUCAAGUGGGCAAUGAUAUGCCGUCUACCGGAACCCCUACAUUGCCAUCAAUUGACAAGACUCAAGAAUGGCAACCAGCAGUUACCCUCAAUGAAGAUGGAUUGCUUCAUCAGUUGCAUUCUACUCUUGUGCAGGCCAUAGAGGCUUCCAAAUCCAAGUCAUUUGUACCUAAUAUGCAGCAAUCCCCGCAGCAGGGUCCUUUGGUUCCUAUCAUGCAGGACUGUGUCGAUGCUAUCACUGAACACCAAAGACUCCAAGCCUUGGUUAAAGGGGAGUGGGUCAAAGGUUUGCUACCUCAAAGCAGUGUUCGAGCUGAUUACACCGUGCAAAGGAUCCGAGAGCUUGCAGAAGGAACUUGCUUGAAGAAUUAUGAGUAUCUCGGUAGCGGGGAAGUUUAUGAUAAAAAGAAUAAGAAGUGGACACUUGAGCUACCAUCUGAUUCUCACUUGCUCUUGUAUCUGUUUUGUGCUUUCCUAGAACAUCCAAAGUGGAUGCUACAUGUAGAUUCUAUGUCUUAUACUGGAGCUCAGUCUAGCAAAAACCCCUUAUUCUUGGGAGUCCUUCCUCCAAAGGAAAGUUUUCCGGAGAAAUACAUUGCUGUAGUGUCUUCGGUCCCUUCUGUGCUGCACCCGGGAUCAUGUGUACUAGUAGUUGGAAAGCAGGGUCCCCCAAUCUUUGCCCUGUACUGGGAUAAGAAGCUGCAGCUUUCACUUCAGGGAAGAACAGCACUUUGGGAUUCCAUCUUGAUUUUGUGCCAUAAGAUUAAAGUUGGGUAUGGAGGUAUUGUUAGGGGUAUGCAUCUAGGUGCUUCAGCUUUAAGCAUUUUACCGGUUAUGGAGACAGAAUCUGAAGAUUAAGAGAUGUACAGACAACAAACUAUGAUCCUUUCGCCGAUAUUCUACAUGACGGCUUCAACUAAUGUGGCAAUGAGUCAGGAAUUUCAGCAAAGAACUUGCUGGAGGCUAAUUCAACAAUUGAAAGUUGAUAGAACUGUGUUAUGUCGGUUUAAGCUAUCAUGUAAUGUUCUAGAUGCCGUGACAAUGUCCGACGGCAUGAUAAUCUGGGUUCUUGUACUUUGUAAAAAUUCAAAUUCAGAUAGCUCAUGACCUAAUUUGUACUAAAAAUUAAAUUCAAAUAGCUCACUGACACCCUCAUAAUUUUCUCUUACAAAAGAUUUUGUAACUGGUAACAAUCAGUGUUGUGCGUUAUAGUGUUAACGAAACUACAAAUAAACCCUUCGAUGAUUAUUCA